AUGGCGGCCAAGUCGCGUCCUGUCUCAUUACAGCUGGAGUCCGUCUCCAGCUCGACCACGACUUCAGAAACUGCACCGUCUAUCCCACCGAGCCCAGGCAGAGACACCAAAAGAACCACAGCUUCCGCGAGACGGCAUGCGAAGGGGUUAUCGCUAAAUUUCCCCAUCCUAUUGCCCACUACGGCUUCAAUCUCACAGUUUUCACCUUCACCCACCACCGCCUCGGCACUGGCGACCCCAAUAGGUUCCACGCGGUCAUCCCCUCAUGCUCGAGCAGUUGUCUUCAAAGCUUCUGAUACGAUUGAUGAAACACCCGACAAUGUCAAGACUCGGGGAAGUGCGGAUUUCUUGACUCUGCUCGCCGCCCAGGAGCGGAAGGUGCUGGAAUUGAAAGAGGAAUUGCACAAGGCAGAGACCGAUCUUCUGGGUCUGAAAAGACAAUGGGCUCUCCACGAGGCCAACAAAAAGAAAGACGAAGUGAAGCACGUCAAAAAGAUGCAACCUCUGGCACUUGACGAGGUGGCAACUGCCGAAGUCCCAGAGGAAGAGCUUGAUGAAGAGCGGAAACGGAAGAAAGCGAUAGUUGAGAGGGGUCUAAACAACAGUCAACCCGUGGGCAGUCAUGCUACGACGUCCAACCUUGGUCGAAGAGGUUCCAAGCGUGUGUUUGAGGGGCGACAUACUCGAACUUUGAGCCUCCUCAGUCCAACGUCCACGAAACCUUACCAACCCCUGACCACAGUUGAGCCGGAAGGUACUCAGACCAAGAGCCCUACGGCUUUCGAUAGCGAGGACCACGCUUCCAAACCUUCGUUGUCAAGGAUGCCUACCCUCGAUGGGCUAAUGUCAGGUGACCCUCUACAGUUUGGUUUUGGCAAAACAUACAAAGAUCUGGCCGCCCAUAGGAGAAGUCUGCCACCAGUACCCACCGAUCUUCUGGUCAAGCAAGGCAAGCAAGUGUAUGAUGGUGUACGAGACGGGUUAUGGACAUUCUUUGAAGACAUUAGACAAGCAACUGUCGGAGAAGAAGGUGUGAGCGGUACAGCCUCACACAAUCGACAGCAGCGGAUGCCACAGAGGAGACCGACCAAGAAAGCCUCGGACAAGGGCCCCAAGGCAAAGAACACGGACUCAGCCCCAACAUCAGACGAUCACGAAGCCACCACGAAAGAAGCAUCUUUCUGGAACGAGUUUGGACUCGACACGCCCCACAAGCCAGUCACCACACCACCUGCCAAGGUUGACAAGAUUAAUGGCCAUGUCCAACAAAAGCGUAGCACGGAUUCAUCCAGUCCGCCUAGCUUGCUACCAGACUCCAACGACGAGGAAACAGAAGAUGCGUGGGAUUCCUGGGACUCGCCUGAAAGCACACGAGAUCCUGUAACGGAUUCUGCAAAGAAAGCUAGCAACGAAAGCCUGCCCUGGCCCGAGAUUCAGAAACUCACUCCCAGCAAGCUGACCCGCACUGUCAGUGAUCUCAUGCGUGAGUGGGACUCUGGACAACAUGAGGGAGAAGCAAUUGACCAGACGUGGUCGGCUGUACAUCCAUGA